CCUUUCCUUUCUUCUUUCAUGAAACUCUGAUUUUCAGACCAAAAAAUAAAACAAAAAUCACAAUAGCAGUCAAAUGCUUAUAUUUUUAAAUAUCCAACGAAUGUAGCACGUAGCCAUGCAUGUUCAUGAUGAUUUUUUAUGGUUGACAACAUAAUACUUUGUAUGCUUUUUGGAUUUAACUUUAGAUUAAGGACAACAUUUGAGAGGCAAAAUGGCAGCAGAGGUAGUAACGGUUGCAAACAAAACCGAGGAGAACAUAGUAUGCUAUGCUCCAACCAUGAUAACAACCAAUGGAAUAUGGCAGGGUGAAAAUCCACUUGAUUAUUCAUUGCCACUCUUCAUAUUGCAAUUGACAUUAGUUGUUGUCUUGACUCGCAUUCUCGUUUUUAUCUUGAAACCCUUUCGUCAACCUCGCGUUGUCGCUGAGAUCCUUGGUGGUGUAAUUUUGGGGCCAUCAGUAUUAGGAAGAAGUAAAAAAUUUGCUGAUACAAUAUUUCCUCUAAGAAGUGUGAUGGUCCUUGAGACAAUGGCAAACAUAGGCCUUCUUUAUUUUCUUUUUCUGGUUGGAGUAGAAAUGGACAUUGCUGUUAUCCGAAGAACAGGCAAAAAAGCAAUACCGAUAGCUCUAGCAGGGAUGGUAGUUCCAUUUCUCAUAGGAGUUUCGUUCUCCUUCAUGUUGCAUAAGAGUUCACAAGAUACUAAACAAGGGACUUUCAUACUCUUCCUUGGAGUCGCGCUUUCUGUCACUGCAUUUCCUGUUCUUGCAAGAAUCCUCGCGGAGUUGAAACUUAUCAAUACUGAAAUUGGUAGGAUAGCAAUGUCUGCUGCCCUUAUUAAUGAUAUUUUAGCUUGGGUUCUCUUGGCUUUUGCCAUUGCCUUUUCAGAGAAUCAAAAUAUGGCUUUGGCUUCUGUUUGGGUGCUUCUGUCAAGUGCAGCGUUUGUUGUUUUCUGCGUUAUAAUUGUUAGGCCUUUAGUUGGAUGGAUGAUAAGGCGAACUCCAGAAGGCGAAGCUAUUAGUGAGUUCUCCAUAUGUCUCAUUCUCACAGGAGUAAUGAUAUGUGGAUUUAUAACAGAUGCUAUUGGGAUACAUUCUAUUUUCGGGGCUUUUAUAUUUGGCUUGGUCAUUCCUAAUGGUCCCCUUGGUGUUACACUUAUUGAAAGGCUAGAGGACUUUGUUUCGGGGCUUUUGCUGCCACUAUUUUUUGCCAUUAGCGGUCUCAAGACGGAGAUUAAUGCUAUUGAUGGAGUUGGUACAUGGGCCAUUUUAGCUCUAGUUAUAGUCCUAGCUUGUGCUGGAAAGAUUGCUGGAACAGUACUUGUUACUCUCUAUUACAGAAUUCCAUUGUAUGAAGGCAUUACUCUUGGUCUCCUCAUGAAUGCCAAAGGACUCAUUGAGAUGAUUGUGAUCAAUGUUGGUAAAGACCAAAAGGUACUUGAUGAGAAAUCUUUUGCAAUUAUGGUCAUGGUAGCUGUGCUUAUGACUGCAAUUAUCAUCCCAAUUGUGACACUGAUUUACAAGCCAGCAAGAAAGUUUGUGCCAUAUAAAAGAAGAACGGUUCAAAGUACAAAGCCAGAUAGUGAAUUCAGGGUACUGGUUUGUAUCCACACACCUAGAAAUGUUCCAACAAUCAUCAAUCUUCUCGAAGCAUCUUGUCCUACCAAGAAAUCUCCAAUAGGAAUAUACGUCCUCCACCUUGUCGAGCUCACUGGACGUUCAUCCGCAAUGCUUAUCGUCCAUAAUACGCGAAAAUCUGGCAGGCCAGCGCUUAACAGAACUCAAGCUCAAUCAGAUCACAUUAUCAAUGCAUUUGAGAACUUUGAGCAACAUGUUGGAUGCGUCUCAGUGCAACCCCUCACUGCCAUCUCUCCUUAUUCCACCAUGCACGAAGACAUUUGCUCUGUGGCUGAGGAUAAGCGAGUGGCGCUUCUAAUAAUCCCUUUUCACAAGCAACAAACAGUUGAUGGCGGGAUGGAAGUCACAAAUCCAGCUUUCCGAACCAUAAACCAAAACGUACUAGCAAAUGCACCUUGUUCAGUUGGGAUACUCGUUGACCGAGGCUUAAGCGGAUCCACUAGGCUAGCAGCAAAUCAAGUCUCUCACCAUGUAGCCGUGUUAUUCUUUGGUGGUCCCGAUGAUCGUGAAGCACUGUCGUAUGGAUUGAGAAUAAGGGAACAUCCCGGGAUCAACCUAACUGUCAUGAGAUUCCUCCCCGGAGAAGCUGCAAUUGAAGCAACAAGAUCAGAUUCAAGAAAAAGCAACAUGAAUGAUCCAGGAGUACUAACAGUAGUAACAGACGACGACAAAGAAAAACAGCUAGACGAGGACUAUGUCAGCGAGUUCAGAGCAAGAACAGCUAAUGAUGAUUCAGUUGUAUACAUUGAAAGAAUAGUGAAUCAUGGAGAAGAGACAGUAGCAGCAAUAAGGACAAUAGACAAUUCACAUGACUUGUUCAUAGUCGGUAGAGGACAAGGCAUUAUCUCACCGUUGACAGCUGGACUAACUGAUUGGAGCGAGUGCCCUGAGCUAGGUGCAAUAGGAGAUCUAUUGGCAUCCUCAGAUCAGGCUACGGCUGUUUCAGUGUUAGUGAUUCAACAAUAUGUAGGAAUGGGGGCAGGGGAUCAGCUUCUUACACCGGACAGCCCGGGUCAGCAACUACAUGAUCACUUUAACUUCAGCUAUAUGAAUCCCCGGACACAAAUAAGAGGGCAGCAACCUCAAUUCCAUUCACAACCCUGCUAACGUACUUAGGCUAUUUUUUUCUUUUUUUUUUUUUGGUUCCAUCAAAUUUUUGACAUUCUUUCUUACUUUUGUCAUGAAUUUUUGAAAGACCGCCUCGAAGGUGGAGGGUAGUAAUUGGAUCCUACCAAUCUAUUAUGUAUAAAACCUUACUGUUUAAAUUACUCUUUUUCUGCAGAAGACUUA